UUUAUCAGAUUGUCAUAUGGAAUUCAGAGGUACAACAUGUUUUACUUGUCAUGAGAGAAAUUAAAUGUCAUAUGUAAAACUGAACUAUAAAGAAUUCUAAAAGACCUAAAACUAUUGGAUAUUAAGAAUAAUUAAUGUAAAAUGGAUGACAAUUCAGUUCCUGUUAUUGUGUUCCAUCCUAUUAUUUCAUCCAUACAAAAAAUUGCACUUUAUGAAACAAAGUCUAGAUUUUACUUGAUGGGAUCAAAUAAUACAUUAAAUCGUUUUCGAGUAUUAAAAAUAGAUCGUAUGGAACCAAAAGAAUUAGUUGUUGUAGAUGAUAAGAGGGAAUAUAAUCAAGAUGAGAUAAAAGAUCUUGUGAAGAUGAUAGACAUGGGCAACCGUACACGUACUGGACAACGAAAUAAUGUUGGUGGAGUUGCAAGAAUUGUUUCAGCUUUUGGUAUUGUUGGCAGCAAUUACAAAGAAUCCACACCUGAUAAUGAUGUAUCAGAAGAGUCUGAGCACCAAGAAUUUCAAAAGCCGAUGCACAAACCAACUCAAACUAAAUUCACCUGGAAAACAAUGUGGCAGAGAGACAGUUUUCCUCGGCUAGUGCCAGCUUUCGGCCUUCUUGGUUUUGUACGUUUUCUGGAAGGAUAUUAUAUAAUCCUAGUGACAAAACGACGUAGAGUUACUGUAAUUGGGCACCAUACAAUAUAUAAAAUAGAAGAUACUGCAAUGAUUUAUAUUCCAAAUGAUACAGUGCGUAUCUUUCAUCCUGAUGAACAAAGAUAUGUAAAAAUGUUUCAAAGUAUUGAUCUUCGCAGCAACUUUUAUUUUAGUUAUUCAUAUGAUUUAACACACACUCUACAGUAUAAUAUGAGUACCCCAAAACAUAUUAAAUCAAAUAUGCCAAAUAUUUCUGAUAAAAUUUCUAAUCAAUCAGACAAUGAUGAUGUAGAAGAUGCAGGAGAUUUUUUUAACAUGUGGGCAGUUCGAAAGAAUUAUCAGAAUAAUAGCACAGAGAAAUAUAUUGAUUACGGUAUACGAAAUAAUCCACAUCGCCGAUUUGUAUGGAACUCUCAUCUCUUAAAACCAGUAGAAAAAGAUUUACAUCGUGAUUGGAUUUUAUAUAUUAUACAUGGUUUUAUUGGUCAAUCAAAUGUUAGUAUUUUUGGGAGAUCUAUAUAUGUAACUAUCAUUGCUAGAAGAAGUAACAAAUAUGCGGGUACUAGAUUUUUAAAGCGUGGCGCAAACUUUGAUGGAGAUGUUGCCAAUGAAGUAGAAACAGAACAAAUAGUUCACGAUUCCGGAGUAAGUUCUUUAAGUAAAGGCCGUUUCAGUUCUUUUGUUCAAAUGCGAGGAUCAGUUCCUGGUCAUUGGAGUCAAGAUGUUAGUAAAAUUGUUCCUAAGCCGACUAUUACUUGUGAUUUGGCUGAUCCUUACGUAGAAACUGCAGGCGCACAUUUUAAUCAACUCUUGAAAAGAUAUGGAUCUCCAAUCAUAAUUUUGAAUCUUGUUAAAAAACGUGAGAAAAAGAAACACGAGAGUACACUAAGUGAAGAAUUGUGUAUGGCUGUCAAUUAUUUAAAUCAAUUUUUACCUCCAGAACAUCAUAUUCAAUACAUAAGUUUUGAUAUGGCUCGAAUGAAUAAAAGGAAAAAGGUCAAUGUUAUGGCUCGCUUGGCAAAUAUAGCAUAUAAUGCAGUGCUAAAGACAGGUAUUUUUCAGUCACAAAAGCCAUACUACAGUCAAGAAAAUCAAUUUUCUGCUCAAUCAAAUAAUAUUAAAAAAUUGAAUAAAACAAACUCAAGCACAGUUUUAUCGCUCAGUUCCUAUAAUGUUCAAAGUUCUUUAGAUUCAGCAGAUGAUAAUACUAAUAAUAUAUCUAUACAUUACAAUAAUGGCUCUAAAUAUACCAUGGAACAUAAUUAUGAGUUAAAUCACAUAGAACAUAAAGUAAGACAAUGGUUUGGCCAAAAAGGCACAUUGCAAACUGGAAUUAUCAGAACAAAUUGUGUCGAUUGUUUAGAUCGUACGAAUACCGCACAAUUUGCAAUAGGAAAAUGUGCUUUAGGAUUUCAGUUAUGUGCUUUAGGUGUAUUAGAGUCUCCUAAAUUGGAAUUUGAUUCUGACUGUGUAAGAAUGUUGGAGGAGUUAUAUGAGGAUCAUGGAGAUACAUUAGCAUUGCAAUAUGGUGGUUCUCAAUUAGUACAUAGAAUAAAAACAUACAGAAAGACUGCUCCAUGGACUAGUCAGGGUAACGACAUUAUGCAAACCUUAAGUAGGUAUUAUAGUAACACAUUCAGCGAUCAAGAAAAACAACAUACAAUUAAUUUAUUCUUAGGUUUGUUCAUACCUGAGGAAGGGAAGCCUCCAAUUUGGGAGCUUGUAACUGAUUACUAUCUUCAUCAUAAACCCGCUUGUCAUUAUUCUCGUAGAACAAAGCUCUUAACGCAGUGGUGGGAUACCAGCGUGUUAAAGUGUCUCCCUUAUGCGUUGAACGAAGUAACGAAAUCCUGUACUGAAAUGAUACAAGUACAGAAUUCAUUAGAAGAAAUGAUUGAUGUUUAUUAUGAUUAUCACAGGUCUUACGAAUUAUCUGUAUUUUCCGAACUUUAUACAUAUAAAAUUAGUCAUUCCGUAAGAGAUUUUAUGCCACAUUUUACGACGAACUUUAGCCCAUUUGCGGUACGAGUGCGGCCAGGUAGAAGAAGGGAAGAAACGGGUAGUAAAAACCUAAAUAUGAAAAAUCCUUCAAUGACUGGACAAAGUAGCACCAGUAGUACUACGUCAAGUGCGAGUUCUACUGAAGACUCUAGUUCAGAUGAUGAAGAAAGUCAUCAGCAUACCAAUGAUUCUCAAUUAAUAUCAUCUAAAGAAAAUUUGGAAUUAGUAUCUUUUGAGUCAUUGUUUCCAUCUAUGAAGGAAGUAUAUGGUACACAACCUGAAUACCCGAAAAGAAACGAUUUAGUAUUGUAUAAAAAAUUUGUAUUAAUUGGACGCAAUGCAACUUAUCCAUCGGAUUAUACAAAACUUCGAUCCAAAUUAAUACAACAAGCAUCGUACCCAGAGACUACGACACCCGUGAUCGCGCUACCUAUAGUGAAAGAAUGUAGCAUAAGUAUAUACGAACAAUACGUCAAAAGAGCUAAUGUUGGUGGAUCAAUACCUAGUCCUAACGACAUGAAUUUAUACGAAAAUUAUAUAAAAGAUCAAUUCACACAGAUUGAUCUCAAAAUGUAAUAAAAAUAAAAAAAUUAUGUACAUAUUUUGUAAACUAAAU